AUGGUAAAGACUCAUGUUAAGAACUGGAUUUCGGACAGCUUGAUGAAGCGGCGUGGUGAGCUCGGAAGAUUCGCCCGACCGACUUUGCUACCAAAAAGUAGUUCAACAGCGGACUAUCAAAACAUUACGAGAGAUGUCCAGACGCUAUUUGAUGCUUCCAAUCGAGACGAACGUCAAAUACUGGACACCGAAGUCCUCUUGUCAAUCAUUAUAGACCUCAAGCCAGGACUGAAGAGCGCGAUAUCACGGCGUCUCGACCGCAACAACAGCGACAACACGGCCAGACACAAGCAUGAAGCGGACAACAGUUUGAAUCUAUCUAACGCACACACUGAAUUGAACUCCACCGAAGCCAGGAUCCCUCCCCCUGCCAGGGACCAGAAGAGCACAACACAGCCUUUGACAGAGAGCUGCAACUCCCGUGAACUGAAAGGGUCUGGAACGAUUCGGCCUGGAGCGACCCACGGUCUUCCUCCAAGACCACCAUCUAGAUAUGAUAUAGACCAGUCUGCGAGCAAGCGGAAGCUUCCUGACCCACCUUCAACUAGUCUCGCUAUUCCUAGCAAUCGUACUAUCAGAGAUACGGUUGAACGAGCUUCAAACACCACAACUCAACACGAAGCAAAACGACCGCGUUUAGACGAGGGGAGACUUUCCUUUGCUGACUCUAACCCACUUCCCCGUCGGCAGCCAUCGCCGCCACGACGUUCCAGACAGAACGGUGGUAAUGAAAAGAAAACGCGACAUAGUAACCCAAAUGAUGUUCCGCUUAAACCGCGAACACCCCGAAGACCGGCCUCACCUUCUCCGCCAAGGGAUGCACCGUAUCGACAGCGUUCAGACUACCGAGAACAACGGUAUGCGCGGGAAUCCAGACCGCAUGAGUAUCUGGACAGAUGGAGGCCAGGGACCGACCGCAACCACGAGAGACCCAGGGAUUGGCGUGAAAACACCGUAGAGUUCCAGCGUAUGCCAACCGAGCGACAGAACCUGUCUCUACGCAAUCAGAUGAAGGGGAUGGAGGAGCAACUUAAGGCUCUAGUAGAGAGAAACAGGCGUUAG